UUUAUUUCCAAGUAGUCUGCUCCGAGCUCUACCACCAGGGCAGUCCAGAACCUUCCGGUCAGGCAGCAUGGACACAAUGGUGUCUGUCCUGCUGUCCCUGCUACUCCUUCUGGGGCCUGCAGUCCCUCAGGAAACCCAAGCUGGGCCUUACUCUCUGAGCUUCUUCUACACCGGGCUCUCCAGGCCCAGGGACGGCUUCCCCAGCUUCCAGGCCACAGCCUACCUCAAUGACCAGGAUUUCUUUCACUAUGACAGUGAAGACAGGAAGGCCAUACCCCAAUACCCGUGGAGCCAGAUGGAAGGACUAGAGGACUGGGAGAAGGAGAGUGAACUCCAGAAGGCCAGGGAGGAGAUCUUCAUGGUGACCCUGAAGGACAUCAUGGACUACUACAAGGACAAAGAAGGGUCUCACACCUUUCAGGGAAUGUUUGGCUGUGAGCUGCGGAAUGACAAAAACAGUGGAGCAUUCUGGAGGUACGCCUAUGAUGGAAGGAACUUCAUCGAGUUCAACAAAGAAAUCCCCGCCUGGGUUCCCCAGGACCCCGCCGCUCUGAUCACCAAGCAGAAGUGGGAGGCGGAAGAAGUGUACGUGCUGCGGGCCAAGGCCUACCUGGAAGAGGAGUGCCCCGCGAUGCUGCGGAGGUUCCUGCAACACGGCAAGACCUACCUGGACCGACAAGAUCGCCCCUCCGUGUCCAUCACCAGCCACGGGACCCCCGGAGAAACUCAGACACUCAAGUGCCGGGCUGAUGGCUUCUACCCACGAGAAAUUGAGCUGCACUGGAUUCGUGGGGGCGAUACACAGGAGACCGAGUCGGGGGGAGACGUGCUUCCCAGCGGAAACAGCACUUACCAGUCCUGGGUGGUAAUGUCAGCUUCCCCGCAGGACAGAGCCUCGGACUCCUACUCCUGCCGCGUGAGGCACAGCAGCCUGGCCCAGCCCCUCACUGUGCUGUGGCCCGGAGCAAGGGCUGACGGCUCCGAGGGCCCCCGGGGACAGGAGCCACCCCACCUCCUGGCAAGAGAGAGGAGCUAGGGGUCCGGUGGUGAGUUCAGACACUCGAAGGAGGGAAGACUCAAGUAACCGGCCCUUGAGCUGACUCUGGGCUGAACUGACUUGCAAAGCCCCAUGAUCUGAUCCGUCUGAUCUAAUCGAAUCAAAUCAACAGUAAUCCCCUUGCCUAGCACCCAGUGUAGAAAAGCAUUUUUAAACGGACAUGAUAUAAAAAUGGGGGUAGAUAUGACCCUUCA